AUGGCCAACAGAGUGGAAGUCCUCGCUCAACAAGCAAUGAGCUCUAGUGAUGAUGAUGAUGACUGUAUUGGAAGUGGGACCAUGAAAGGACCAGUGGCAGCGCCACCACCACCUCCACCACCAGUAGAAGGCCAGAAAACGUCGCAGGUUGUUGUUGCUCACAAAAGCGCAAAUCAGGUGUAUCUUGAUUUGAAGAACCACAAAGGAGUCCUGCUCAUGCUCUGCUUGGGUCUGAAAUCAGCGGACGGUACUCGCGAUCUGGGUGAUUUGUCUGUAGAGCCUUACUGCAGUCUGCACAAACGGGUCGCCCCCAACUUCAAAGUGAAUAAUCCAACCAUGGCUGAUGAGGUGAUUCGCCGCUUCCACGAUCUUGGAUUGAAGAAGAUCCCGAAGCCCAAGAACUGGAAGGCACAGGCUCUUAAGAAGUGGUUGAUUGACAAUCCCAUUGCAGACGAAACCGACAUCGCUUGGCUGAUGAAGCAGGAAGAGGCCUUGUUCAAUGCUGUCAAGAAUCAGAUGAAUGAAUCGGACAAGCAAAAAGAAGCUGACGCGAAGACCACCAAUUCUCCUUGGAAGAAGAAGGAUGACUAUUUGCGCAUGUACAUUGCUGCUAUGCAUGACAAAGUGCGCACAGCACUGCUUAAAUCUGGAUUCACUUUGACAAGGAUGGAACUUGAUGCUCGCAACAACGAAGCGCGUCCUGAUCUUUUCUUCGCCGCUCUUACUGAUUUGUACAAUGACGACGAUUUCAUUGCAAAGGUGGAAGCACUCCCUGAUCUACACGAAGAUUUCCAGUUGGAGUAUGAGAUCAACACUCUCGAUGUGCCUGCACCUGCCAGCGAAGACCACAUCAAAAGGAAGUGGAACGAUUGCAAGGCAAAGCUUGCCAAGAUUGUAUCGCGUUUUGAGAGAAGCGGUACUGGUGAUGGCCACAUGGCCGAGCAAGAUAAUGAGUUGGCUGAGGGCGAAACAGAGUUGCGAAGCGGCCAAAGAUCGAGUUAUAUCCAUGAUCAUCUUGGAGAACAGCCGCAUUUAUUGUAUCUUUGGCAUCUUGCCGACAAGUACGACGUACUCAAUCAUGUCAUUGUACGUCUUUCUGAAGAUGUCGCGGCUACAGGAGAUGAAGUUGCCACAGAUACUGCCAAGACACAGCGUAAAAGAAAGGGCAACUCUGCUGGGGAAGAUGAUUCAGCAACUGAGUUUCGCCGUGACAUUUCGAUGGCUCAGAAGGAACAGGCCUAUCAGACCAUGGUGGAAUCUUAUCAGCGAGCCAAUGAAAAGCUACUUGAUUACAAGUUGGAUUAUGCUAGAGUGGAACGGAGUGGGUAUUCUAUGGAAGCGCAGUUGUACCAGGAACAGAUCAAAGUGCAAGAGGAGAUAGCAGCCGAUCUGAAGAAGCGCAUUUCUGACUGGAACAAGAAACCAAAGGCGCAACAAAAGAAAUAA